GUGCAGGAUUAGCUCUGGAUUCUGGAGCUCGCGGCAUUUCGCGUCUUCCUCCCGGGGAUCCACUCGACAGCAGACCCUUUUAUUUCGCGCUUCGUCCCUCUCCCACCAGGAAUUCGAGCAACCAAGUCCAAAAAUCCCGCGCACCCAUCAUCAAGAGCCCGCGACGAGAACCAAAGUGGAGGAAACAUGCUAAAAUGAAUCCUGGAGCAGGCAAAACAAUAGAUUUGACCCUUGGUGGCAGUGAUGCUGAUGAACGGAACAAAAGCAAUCCGGAUGGAGCAGCCAACGGCUCCAAAACAGAGACUCAAAAACCUACCAUAAGGUCUACGAUUAAUCCGGCCACCUCCAACAACCAGCAGGGUGACCAUGGCGACAAUGGCGUGGUUCAGAGGGCUGAGGAUCCAGCGAUUCAGGCAAGUAAGGGUUCUUUUGUGGUGGGAGAGCCCUGCAAACGGAGCACCGAGGCUGCCGUUAGAAUGAAACAAAUUUACACAGCAGGCACCGGAGGCAACAUCAGCAUCGUCAAUGACAAAAACAACAAUUCGAACAGUCCUGUCCCCACACCGGCUCUUAGUGGACAGAAACGCACCCGAGACGAAGCCAAUGCCGCCCAUGUUCCGUUGGUCAUUGUCGACGGAAAACAGGGAGAUAAUAGUGACACCCAGCGAGAUAGUGGCGGGGCAGAUAAUAGCAAGGACAGCAGCGAGAUGGAACCCGCCAUGAAGAAGGACAAGGCGGUUUCCAUGGAGAAGGACAAGGCGGUUUCCAUGGAAAAGACCCAGAUCGGUAGAUGGGUUACUAUGUUUGAACGGCUCAUAGACUACAGGGAGAAAACCGGAGACUUUCUCGUUCCGAACCGAUAUGCAGCUGAUCCGCAGUUGGGAGCUUGGGUUGCCACUCAGAGGAGGGAAUACAAGCUCUUCAAGGCCGGGAAGACCAAAAACAAACUGACUCCUGACAGGGUGCAGAGACUUUCCGACAUAGGGUUCGACUGGGAAGGAACCGACCCCCGCCACGCCCCAUGGGAUUACCGCUAUAAGGAGCUCUGUGAUUUCGUCGAAAAACAUGGACACGCACAGGUCCCUGCUAGGUGUGUUUCAGUGUUUCCGUCCAUUCAGAGGUGUCUGUUUCGUUUUGGAUGUCACAUGAUUCCCAACUUCUCUAACCCACGCCUUCUUCUCCAUCCCACUCUCCUCCCCAUGGCUAGAUGGAAGUCACUCAGUAACUGGAUCAGCAAGCAACGGCAUGAUUAUAAACUAAGACAAAAGGGAGCUUCGCAACGCUUGUCUGACGAGCGAAUGAGGAAGCUCGAGGCCAUUGGUUUUCAAUGGGACCCAAACAAACUCGUCGAGAGGCCGGAAGCUUUCGGAGACGAAAACAGUCCCAAGGAAAUCAUUGAUAAGACAGAAUUGAACAGCAAACCAGCGCCAGCGAUGCCCGACGAACAAAGCGUGAAUACUCAGCCCAUUGCUCAGACAAUCAUCAAGCCCUCUGUCGCCGUCGCCGAGUUUAAAGAGCGAGCUGAGAGUAGAAUGGGCCCGGCGAAUGGAGCGGCCAUUGAGCCUCCCGAUUUUGAGAUAGAUCAAGGCUUCGGAGCUCCUGGCGCUGAUCUUCCUGGUGUCUUUGGAGCGAAACAAGCAGUCAUGAACGGGGUUAGCGAUCUCAAAGCCAUCCAAACCACGCUAACAGCCAGCGCUCUUGUGGCGGAUCCCAAUGAGCUCAUGGAAGCGGCGAGUAGGAAUCAUUCCAUGCUUCUGCGCAUGGGAUUGUUCCCCAAUGGCGUUAUCGGAAGUGCAACAUACAGAGCAGUACCAGGCGGUUUGCUCACGCUGCCCGUUCCGGUAACGAAUAAUAUUGCAUUCAUCCCUGUCUUGCAAAACGUAAGCGGGACCCAAGUGCAAGCUGCAAGCUCGGUUGCUAGAGGGAAUGCUGGUCUCGCGAACUUGCCGCCGGCAGCAACGGCAACGCUUCCCAAUGUCCCGGUGAAGGUAGCCGCUGGUAUUCCAAGCGCGGGAACCGACAUGGGCCCAAGGCAUGGCGCAAAUGCCGUCUUCGCAGUUGGAGCCCAGGCCAAGGUUUCAGUCAUCCAGCCCAGUGAUAGCUCCGACGUGCAUGGGGAAGCAACCCAAAGCAAGGUUCCGCCAGCCUCCGAUUCAAGGUCCCUGCGAGCUUCUUCAGUCAACGUUCUUGUGGAACGAGUGCCCGGCGGAGACUCGAAUAACCGCAAAAACGAUUCAUGGGAAAGGAGCAACCAAUUGAGAGAAUCAAUGGCUCCUGAAAUCGAAGCUGAAGUAGAUGCUAUUUUGGCAGGCUCGCCGGGAAGCGACCUGCCAAGUCAGUCCGCGUCGGUCUCUUUUGCUGGGACCGGCGGCUUUGUUGAACGAGAUGCGGUGGAAACCAAAGUCACGAGACAAGUUGACGCCUCUCUGGAGACACACCACGGCAGUUUUGAGUCAAGCGCAAGAGAAUCCGCCGGUCCCAGCACACAACGCAAGGAUACCGGUACCCGUGUCGAAACUCACGGUUCUCGUGUGUACGAGGAGGCACAGGCUUUGGUGGGGGGCACGAGGCUUCGACAGGAGCCCUCAGUCGAAGUUCACCGCGGUGGCUUUGAAGAAGAGUCCCGCCGAUUGAUGAGUGGGAACACAGAGCAAAAUGACAAUCCUCCCGAAGACUUCGACUACGGUGGGGAAGGCGGACAGCUGACGUCAACGGAAGAAAGUUCAGUAUUGCCACAUGUUCCUCUUGCUGACGAUCUCCGUGAGCUCCGCGAACUAAUCAAAAUCGUCCAGCGCGGAGUAGAACCUGAGACCAGGAGACCACAGCAUGAUCCUCCUCCUUAUGACAAUCUGAUCGAGAGUAUUCGAAGUGGACGACGACGUCCCACAGACGAAGAUGUCUUCCAACAAGGUCGCAGGGCGCGGCGCUCUGAUCCUCCCGAAGGUUAAAGUAGUAAUACCUUGGUCACCAAAAUUCGUCACUAGCAGCGUACCAGUGUAUCCAAUACUUCUUGCUACAGGCACAACCCCCUCAAGUCUUGCGUCAAUAUGUGGACAACCCGGCGAGCUACCUUCGGUGCCUUCUUUUUAAUUAAUGUAUUUUUAUUAAAAUCUUUUAUUGGUG